AUUCAUCAUGCAGACUUGCCAAAUUCCAAAACCAACUUUAUUUCCUAUUAAUCAUAUUCAAACCCCAUUCAUUCAUUCUCCAUAAAUAAUCACAAUUCACAAACCCCAUUCAUCAUCUCUUCUUUCCCCAAACCGUUGAAGCAUUUGGGCAAAAACAGAGGUUACUGAAGCAAAUGACUAUGGUGACAAGAAGAGUGGACCUUCGAUCUGACACUGUCACCAAACCAACCGAAACCAUGCGGGCUGCAAUGGCAAGUGCUGAAGUUGACGAUGAUGUACUUGGUUUUGACCCGACUGCUGCUUGCCUUGAAAAAAAGAUGGCAAAGAUCAUGGGGAAAGAAGCAGCAUUAUUUGUCCCGUCAGGCACCAUGGCUAACCUAAUCUGCGUGCUCAUUCACUGUCAGAUCAGGGGAAGUGAAGUCAUUCUUGGAGACUAUUCCCAUAUCCAUAUUUAUGAAAAUGGAGGUAUUUCUACGCUUGGAGGCGUACAUCCUAGGACAGUGAAGAACAACGAAGAUGGAACAAUGGAUAUUGACCGAAUUGAAGAAUCUAUUCGAGAUCCAAGCUUUGAAAUAUGUUAUCCAACAACUAGGCUCAUCUGCUUGGAAAAUUCACAUGCUCACUCCGGUGGUAGAUGUCUUUCUGCUGAAUAUACAGACAAAGUUGGCGAGCUAGCAAAGAAAUAUGGAUUAAAACUCCACAUUGAUGGGGCUCGUAUUUUUAAUGCAUCUGUGGCUCUAGGGGUUCCAGUGCAUAGACUUGUGCAGGCUGCUGAUUCAGUAACGGCUUGCCUGUCAAAAGGGCUUGGUGCUCCAGCUGGAACUAUUAUUGCAGGUUCAAAGGACUUCAUUUACAAGGCUAAGAUUCUUCGGAAGACAUUGGGCGGUGGCAUGAGACAAAUUGGUGUCCUAUGUGCUGCUGCUAUAGUUGCAGUGGAAGAAAAUGUUGAAAAGCUCGUAGGCGAUCAUAAGAAUGCUAAGGCUUUGGCAGCGGGGAUUAACAAUAUCAAAGGAUUGAAAGUUGACCUGGAUUCUGUUGAGACCAAUAUUGUCUUCUUUGACAUUCUUAAGGAGUCGGGGACAACUGGAGACGAACUAAUGAAAAAGCUGGAAGUACAUGGUGUACAUGCAAUGCAGGAAGGUCCAUGCAACCUUUACAUGUCAGAAUUAGGCUUGUCCUUCACCAUCAGAUCUCAGAACAUGACGUGCAGUACACCAUAAGUUGCAUCCAGAAAAUUGUGACUGGUCUCCCUGAUAAAAAUGGUGUCAACUGAGGCUUCUAUGUGACCAUGGGUUUUAAUUUUUGCUAUGUUGUAAUGAAGUGGUGACACACUACUUAUGGAACUCCGCACUAUUAAAUGAAAUCUUUCCAUGUCUCAUUUGCAUAAAA